AUGGUCCUUUCCCGCCUCUUCCUUGCCUUGGGCGGCCUUGCACUCGCCGCAGGCGCUGCUAUCCCCUCUUUCAACACCAGCGACGUCACAGGUACCAAUUGGCUCUUGAAUGGCAAUGUCCUCCUUUGGGGUCACGACGGCCGAACUCAAGCUAUCACGCACGCUGAGUGGGAGGAGCUGAAGACCAACCUCACUGUGGGACCGCCACCCCCGCCACCCAACUGGAAUGUCACACGUCCAGCUCGCAAUGACACACACGGCCUGCAAGCCCGUGGGGCGUGCGAAGGAAUUGCGGAGUUGCAAAUCCUUGAAACCCAGACAUUCGUCAACUGGGAUGUGCAAGUGUCGCCUGUUGUCGGUAACCAAUAUGACCAAGCAUAUGUCUCCAUGGCUGAGGGCUAUUCAAUCUCAAACGCCAUUGCAAUCUCUAUACAAGCCUGGUAUGGACCCCUCAGCAAGGUGCUGACACUUGUGUUGGGAGUCACCUACACCAGGACUUGGACCACCAGUACUACUGAAACCAUUGCCGAUUAUGUGCCUGCAGGUUUAAGUGGACUUAUUGUCAGCAACCCAGUGACCGUACGUCGGUAUGGCAACUAUAUUGAAGGCUGCUACGAUGACCCAACUUAUAACUGGUAUUCGGCGGAUGAGCAAAUUCCUCAUACCUACCAGUCUGUGGACUGGGUCCAGGGAGCUUUCAGGUUGUGCGCGAGCAAGGAUUACCCCGUGCCUUUCUGCGAGGGCAACGGUUUCCAUUAUUAA